UUCCCGACUCCACCGCCUGCUCGCGCGCUGUGCAUGCCGGGUCUUGUAGUAUAUUUCUCGAGUCGUAGGGCAGGGUUGCCGCUCAGGAGUCGACAGGCGCAGGGUGUGAGCUCACAGCCGAGAUUGCAGGCAGCCACAGGCCAGAGGCGGCACGGAGUCCGCUCGCCACUCGCCUGAGAGGAGAGGCGCCCCAGCGGACGCACUGAGAGUAUGAGGCCCUGGCCUCUGUGGGCCAAUCAUUCGUGAUCACUUCCACCACGGCAGAAACUUCCAAGCCUACCUCCUGCCGUGUGGUGAUCUACCUACAGCGGGAGAUGUCAGGGGACACCUGUCUGUGCCCAGCCUCAGGGGCCAAGCCCAAGAUAAGUGGCUUCAAGGGAAGCGGCCUGGGCAACAAGUACGUGCAGCUCAAUGUGGGUGGCUCCCUGUACUAUACUACGGUGCGGGCCCUCACCCGGCAUGACACUAUGCUCAAGGCCAUGUUCAGUGGGCGCAUGGAGGUGCUGACUGACAAAGAAGGCUGGAUCCUCAUAGACAGAUGUGGAAAGCACUUUGGCACCAUCUUGAAUUACCUCCGGGAUGACACCAUCACCCUCCCUCAAAACCGGCAAGAAAUCCAGGAAUUGAUGGCUGAAGCAAAAUAUUACCUCAUUCAGGGGCUAGUGAAUAUGUGCCAGUCUGCCCUGCAGGACAAGAAAGACUCCUAUGAGCCUGUGUGCAACAUCCCCAUCAUCACAUCCCUGAGAGAGGAGGACAGGCUCAUCGAAUCCUCCACAAAGCCUGUGGUGAAGCUACUAUACAACAGAAGCAAUAACAAGUAUUCAUAUACCAGCAACUCUGAUGAUCACCUGCUGAAAAACAUUGAACUGUUUGAUAAGCUGUCCCUACGCUUCAAUGGCCGUGUGCUCUUUAUCAAGGACGUCAUUGGUGAUGAAAUCUGCUGCUGGUCUUUCUACGGCCAGGGUCGCAAGUUGGCAGAGGUGUGCUGCACCUCCAUCGUGUAUGCCACAGAGAAGAAGCAGACAAAGGUGGAAUUCCCAGAGGCCCGAAUAUAUGAGGAAACACUCAACGUCCUACUCUAUGAGACCCCUCGAGUCCCUGACAAUUCCUUGCUGGAGGCCACAAGCCGGAACCGCAGCCAAGCUUCCCCCAGUGAAGAUGAGGAUACCUUUGAACUUCGAGACCGUGUCCGCCGAAUUCAUGUCAAGCGCUAUAGCACUUACGAUGACCGGCAACUUGGCCACCAGUCUGCUCAUCGAGACUAAUGAGGCCCUUAGGAAGUCAGAGCACAAGAAGCCAUGUCUGCUAUCCUGUGGAUCAUAGCCCAUUGGCCAUCCUCUUCUGCUUCUGCGAGCUGGGAGCCUGUUCUAGCGUGUAGCAGUGCAGGGCCCUGCUUGGGAGGUCUGGGAGCCUGGCAGAGGAAAGGUCACACUGUCUUACCUGGUCCUGCUCCCCUAUCACUUCCGGAUGUUACCCCACUUCCUGCCUGACAGGGAGCUACUUCUGCUUUAGGGCGAGUGCACUGACUUCCACCUCCUGUGGAGAACAUUCUCCAGGCCCUUGGCUGAGUGCCCUUCUUUCU